AUGUCAAUCGUCCUCAAUUUGGCACUUCGUUUUGGUGAUUUCGGUUUCUAUCAAUACCACAUCCACUUUGCCUCCGAAGCAGCAGCCCGCCUCCAACAAUUUAACGAGGUUACAUACUGGGGCACAUUAGACACAGAAACGUAUUGUCGUAUCUUUGCCGCCCGAGCCGCUCAGCCUUGUAGCCUUUGCGGCGCACCUUCCCAUCCCGCAUCCGCCUGCUCUAUCCCGGCCAAGAUCAAUAGACAACAUAAUCCGACCAGGAGUUAUGCUCUUCCCCAUACACAAUCACCAGCCCCCCCAGCGACUAUUAUUCCCAGGUCAGUCGUACCUAAUCGCCCCCUCUUUUCACCUAACAUUAACGGUGUGGACAAGAGGGGCAGACCUAUCCUACAUCAAGGCGGGCGAACAAUAUGUAACAAUUUUAACGAAGAGGGGUGCAAAAUGUCACAAUGCCGCUACCUCCAUGUGUGCUCCUUCUGCGGCGGCGGACAUGCCAGGUCUGCAUGCCCGCAUAAUCCUACUUCCUUCAAGUCAGGUAAGCACCCCUCAACACCUAUCAAUAUCAUGGCACUGAAAGCUGCUCUCCGUCACCACCCUGAUCCCGCUUUUGUCGAAUUUCUUAUUACCGGUUUCAAGGAAGGCUUCCACCCCGGUAUAUCAGUAGAACCAUCUGUUUCAUUUGAAUGUAAUAAUCUGCAAUCAGCCACCAACGACCCAAGCUCUGUCGAUCGCCUACUCUCUAAAGAGAUCGAGCAAGGCUUCAUGAUCGGCCCCUUCUCUCAACCUCCCUUCCCUACCUUUCGCAUCAGCCCCCUCGGCAUAGCUACCCGAAAAUACUCAGGCAAGCAGCGGAUCAUUAUCGAUCUCUCAGCUCCGCACGGCAGCAGCGUCCCUAGCCUUAACAGCCUCAUUCCUAGCGAAGAUUACUCACUUCAUUACGCUACAAUAAACCAUGCUAUCGCUCUCAUUAAACUUGCAGGCAAAAAUUCAUGGCUUUCAAAAGCCGACAUCACCAGUGCAUUCAAAGUCCUUCCCAUCCACCCUGAUUUCUGGCGGUUUUUCGGCGUUAAAUGGCGAGGUGCUUACUACUUUGCAGUGAGACUCACCUUCGGCUGCAAAAGUAGUCCCAAACUGUUCGACACGUUAUCAGAAGCCCUAUGCUGGAUACUAUGUAAUAAUCACGGCAUCCAAUUCCUCGUUCAUCUCUUAGAUGAUUUUCUGCUCAUCAGCCCACCCUCUUCUCCUCCCGCAUCUGGCAUAACCACACUGACCGCUGUGUUUGCCGAUCUUGGCGUCCCACUAUCGGCAGAGAAAACGGAGGGCCCAUCCACUUCACUCGAGUUCUUGGGCAUCACGCUCGACACUAACUCGUUCCAAGCGUCCCUCCCCAUCGAAAAGCUCAAACGUAUCUGUCUUCUCAUUUCUAACUUCCUCAUGGCCCCAUCUUGCACCAAACGACAAUUACUCUCACUCCUCGGCCACCUUAACUUCGCCCUACGCAUUAUCCCACAGGGUCGGGCAUUCAUUUCCCACCUUCUGUCUAUCGCCUCAUCAGUACCGUCGCUCCUGUCAUCAGUCUCACUAAACCCAUCUUGUCUCGCCGAGCUGCGCUUAUGGCUCCAUCUCCUCUCAAACUGGAACGGUAUUUCCUUUUUCUACGACGAUCAAUUAACCAAUUCUCUUGAUAUUCAGCUCUUUACCGAUGCCGCUCCCUCAGCCGGUUUUGGGGGUUUCUUUAAUGGUAGAUGGUUCGCUUCGUCAUGGCCCCCAGAGAUCACGAACAAUUGCGAGGUCGCUUCCUCUGCGCUCUUCGAAAUCUACCCAAUCGUAGCUGCCGCCGUCCUAUGGGGACACGAAUGGUCCACAAAAUCCAUCCUCAUACACUCUGAUAAUCUUUCAGUAGUCGACAUCAUCAAUAAAGGUCGUUCCAACUCUAAUUCAAUCAUGCCAUUCAUGCGUCGCCUCACAUGGCACUCUGUUACCCACCAAUACAUCCUCCGUGCUGCCCACAUCCCAGGCCACCAUAAUGCUAUUGCUGACUCUCUCUCUCGCUUCCUAUUUCAGAAGUUCAGAAACUUGGCUCCGAACGCCUACCCGAUGCCGACUCCAGUUCCUCCGUAUUCAGCGAUAAGAACAUCUACCAUCAAAUCCUACCUCAGCGGCAUUAGUUUCUUCUCUAAACUCAUCACCGGUACUCCCAGCCCAGCCUUAAACCAUCCCCAAGUAAAGUCUCUUCUCUCCGUUCUCCUCCGCCAAGAACCAGCCAAACCUCCUAAACGACUUCCUCUUACCGCCGAACUACUGUCCGCUUGCCUAAACACUAUUCGCUCCGGUUACCAAACUCCUCACAUCGCCCUGACCCUCGAAGCUAUGUUCGUUUUAGCCUUUUACGGUUUCCUCAGAUGCUCAGAGUUCACCGCAUCUUCAUCCCAUUUCGACCCGUGCCGUCAUGCCUGCAUCUCCGACUUAUCAAUGUUUUCUGACGAUACUAUAGUACUCCAUCUGAAGAAAACAAAAACGAAUCAAUCCGGCCAUCCUACUCCCGUCUUCUACUUUAAAAGUCAGUCUUCUUUAGAUCCAUUCGCCAUCCUUUCUAACUAUCUUCUCUACCGAAAAUCCCACGGCACACCUCUAUCUCACCCUCUUUUCAUCUCCGAAUCCGGUCAAAUAACCUCUCGGUCCUGGUUCCAUCAUCAUUUACGCCAAAUACUGUCUUUGUCCGGUUUAUCACCCACGCAUUACUCCGGGCACUCCUUUAGGAUCGGUGCCGCGACUUCAGCAUCCCGCAACGGCAUACCCGAGCACUUCAUUCAAAUCAUGGGCCGCUGGGCCUCGUUAACAUACCAUCGAUAUAUCCGCUCAGACCUCAACGACCUAAGAUCCGCACAAGCACGCCUUAAAUAA